AUUUAUGCGCUAAACACAAAAGAAUAUUUAAAAUAACACACUGUUUAUCGGUGUGUAUGUCUGCCAUCUUUGUUGGCGGAAAGGAAUUGAUCAAAUAAAAAAUAGAAAUAUUUAGUUAAUUAAUUUUUGAUUCGUAGUUACCUGUUACACGAGAAUCUCCGAUUGAAUUUUACUAUUCAUUUUUAAUGUACGGUUUUUGAUUUUCAACUAUAUACAGUUUAAUCUGGAUCUUUUUUAAAGUUCAAAAAAAAAAUUCUUUUCGUGUGAAGCAAAACAUGGCAGAAACAACUAUUCAGCCAACUUCUCCAAUCGAACGUUCUAAUGAACAGUUUCCCGAUUCCUCGCCUCAGGAUAAUAAGUAUAGUCAACGGGAAAAAACGCCAAUACAACAAUCCAUCUCAAAUCUACAACAAACUCAAUAUCAACAAUUUCAGUCACAUGUAGCAUCUCAAUUUCCUCCCGAACAAAAACCACAGUCACAUUUGCAGCCACCACCUCCAGGACAAGUACAAUCACAACCACCACCUCCAGGAUUAUCGACACCACAACAAUUACUGACACGUCCUCCAGAAUUUAUUGCGAACAAAAUUGAUGCGACACCGCCACCACAAUUUCACGUAAUUCAAGCUAGUUCGAGUUCAUUAAUAACCUCAAAAGGUGAAACUUUUACGUCGUCCAAACCAGCUGUUGUGGCUUCAACUACACCUCCAACUCCUACUUCUCAAGUUUCGACUCCAAAAAAACAUUUACCCAAAAAGCCGUUACAGCCAAUUUAUUUGUUACUUCGGAAAUGUCUUAAAGAGCAUUCGUAUAUUAUGGCAGAACGACAAAGAAAGUUUGAAAGAUAUUAGCCCAGAAUCAGAUCACUUGGCCGAAUUUUUCGGCUGUGGGAACAAAACAAUAAAAAUGAUUUUUUGGGAAUACCCAACAUAAAUCAUUCCGAUCAACAUCGAAA